AAUUUGUGGUUCGAGAAAAUAUAAAAGGAAAUUGCUGAAUUCGUGAGAUUAUUUAUAAUUCAUAAAUCUAAUAGAUAUUUCUUAGAAGCCAUAGAAGAAGUAGUUACCAUGCCGAAGAAGUUUGUGGGAGAAAAUAGUAAAGCUGUAGCCGCUAGGCAACGAAAAGAAAAUGCAAAACAAGAAAAAGAAUCCAAACAAAAGAAAAUGAUUGAAGAUGCCGAAUGGGAGGACAAUGACGAUAAGCUCAAAAAGAAACAACAAAAGAAGGAAGAACUAGAGAAAAAACGUCUAGAACAGCUUCAGAAGAAGGCAGAAGCGAAAGCACUAUUGGAAAAGGAGUUGGAAUCUAUCAAGGGAAAGGCACCCCCACCUCCUCCCAAGAUUACAAGAGCACAAAUCACUUCUAUGAAAGAAAAAACAAUAAAGGCUGAACCAGAGAAGCCUGUGCCUGCUAGAGUUGUAGUUGAGGAACCUCCACUAGAAGAAAAUAUUAAUAGACUUCAGAUUGAAGGAGAGGUGGCCCAGUCUGUUGAUGAAGCAUUGUCUAUACUGAAUGACAAGUCCGAGAUUGAUAAACACCCUGAGAAGAGACUAAAGGCUGCAUAUACGGCAUUUGAAGAAAUUAAUCUACCAAGACUAAAGGCUGAGAACCCAAGUCUUCGGUUAUCACAGCUCAAGCAAAUGCUUAGGAAAGAAUGGACCAAGUCACCUCAAAAUCCACUCAAUCAAACUUCAUAAAAUAGAUUAU